AUGGCCCAGUUUACCCCCUCAGGUAAAUCUGAUCAUCCCUUAAAAGAAGACUGCAAGAAAACAAGUGCACUGGUUGUUUGCUUUGGUGAGAUGUUAAUAGACUUCGUGCCAACAGUGGGUGGAGUGUCACUAGCUGAAGCACCUGCUUUCAAGAAAGCUCCUGGUGGUGCUCCUGCAAAUGUGGCUGUUGGCAUCUCUAGGCUUGGGGGUUCAUCUGCUUUUAUAGGAAAGGUUGGAGCAGAUGAAUUUGGAUAUAUGUUGGCUGAUAUUUUAAAGCAGAACAAGGUUGAGACAUCUGGCUUGCAGUAUGACUCAAAUGCAAGAACUGCAUUAGCUUUUGUUACCCUAAGAGCUGAUGGCGAGCGUGAGUUCUUGUUUUUCCGAAAUCCUAGUGCUGAUAUGCUUCUUCAUGAGUCAGAGCUUGAUAAAAAUCUCAUAAAGCAGGCUAAAAUAUUCCAUUAUGGUUCCAUCAGCUUGAUUAAUGAGCCGUGCAAGUCAGCUCAUCUUGCUGCCAUGAGAAUUGCCAAAGACUCCGGUUGCAUUCUCUCUUAUGAUCCAAACUUGAGAUUGGCAUUAUGGCCAUCAGCUGAGGCGGCCCGGAAUGGCAUAAUGAGUAUAUGGAAUCAAGCCGACAUCAUAAAGAUAAGUGAGGAUGAGAUUACUUUUUUGACUGGUGGUCAUGAUCCUUAUGAUGAUAAUGUUGUAUUAAAGCAUCUUUUCCACCGUAAUCUCAAGCUUUUAAUUGUCACUGAAGGGUCAGAGGGUUGUAGAUAUUACACCAAGGAAUUUAGAGGCAGGGUUGCAGGUGUGAAAGUCAACCCUGUUGACACAACUGGUGCUGGUGAUGCAUUUGUUAGUGGGAUUAUCUACAACUUAGCUUCUGACCGAAGCCUUUUCCAGAAUGAGGAGCGUCUGAGAGAAGCUCUAUAUUUUGCCAACGUAUGUGGUGCCAUAACUGUAACAGACAGAGGGGCAAUUCCUGCACUACCUACAAAAGAAGCGGUCCUGCAAUUCAGUGCAAAAUAG